AUGGAGGAAUAUGCCCGUGAACCUUGUCCAUGGAGGAUAGUUGAUGACUGUGGGGGUGCAUUUACCAUGGGGGCCAUUGGUGGUGGUGUGUUCCAGUCUGUUAAAGGUUUUCGUAAUGCCCCUGUGGGUGUACGACACAGGCUGAGAGGGAGUGCAAAUGCUGUGAGAGUUAGAGCACCACAAAUUGGAGGUAGUUUUGCUGUAUGGGGUGGACUCUUUUCCACCAUAGACUGUGGUUUAGUGCUUCUACGUGGCAAAGAAGACCCUUGGAACUCAAUCACCAGUGGAGCCAUGACUGGAGCUAUACUGGCUGCACGCAAUAAGUUUAGUGGACCUCUUGCUAUGGUGGGCUCUGCAAUGAUGGGUGGAAUCCUGCUUGCCCUAAUUGAGGGCUUUGGGAUACUCCUUACUAGAUACACAGCACAGCAGUUUCAGAAUUCGAGUCCCAUUGUGGAAGACCCAAGUCAGCUUCCCCCGAAAGGAGGAGGAUAGGAAACCCGUGGUUAUGGACCGUAUCAUUAGAACCACUGUGUUACCAUGGUGACUAAUAUAAUAGACUCUGAAAAAAUGAGUGAACUGUUAGAAGUUUAGGAGCCUCUGCACACAGAACCCUCCAGAGACCAGGGGAGGGGAUAUUCAUCAUCUGGCAUUGAUGAUAGAUACUAUUUAUACUGA